CAUAACAAAAUGGCUUCAAAUCACUCUAAUCAACUUAUUCGAGUCUCAGUGCUUAUCAUGUUACUUAUCUGGUCGUUCCAUGGAGCCACUGGUUCGGAAGGAGAAGGUUAUGGUGGGCGCAAGACCAUGCAGAAGAGGAUCAACAGCAAGACUAUCCUACGUGAAUUAUUAGGUGAUUUGUCUAAGAUGGAGAAGCAGCAUUACAAAACAAGGAGGACAUUAUUUGGAGAUAGAGUUUCACCAGGAGGGCCGGAUCCACAGCACAACUCGUGUCCACCAGCAUUAGCCUACAACGCUCUUGGAAAGAAUAACCGCCGGAAUAGCUCCACCACCACCACUAAUGCUCGUAGAUGCUAAAUUAUUCCAGUAUAGAAGCCAGUAUAUAUGGCAUUUAAUUACUAGAAGAUGGUAACACAUCAGAACGCUCUCAUGCAUCUUACUUUUC